CCGCCCCCUAUUUCUUUCUAGUCUUCAGCGACGGAACUGAGCCGAGCGUUUGUGAGCUGUGGGGCAGACGGUUGCGCUCAGAUUCCAAAUGAAAAUGUUUGAGAGCAUUGACUCUACAGCCACAAGAUCUGGCCCUGAUCUUUGGGCUGAAAUCUGUUCCUGUCUACCAAAUCCCGACCAGGAAGAUGGUGCCAACAAUGCCUUCUCAGACUCCUUUAUGGAUUCUUACCCUGCGGGCACAGGCCAGAGGGAAGCCCCAGAUUUUGCUGUUCAGCCUGCUACAAAGCCUUGGGCUCCCUUGCAGGAUUCAGAAGUGUAUUUAGCAUCUCUAGAGAAGAAGCUGAGAAGAAUUAAAGGUUUAAAUCAGGAAGUGACUUCCAAGGACAUGCUUCGAACCUUGGCCCAAGCCAAGAAGGAAUGCUGGGAUCGGUUCCUCCAGGAAAAGUUAGCAUCAGAGUUCUUUGUGGAUGGACUUGAUUCUGAUGAGAGCACCUUGGAACAUUUCAAGAGGUGGCUCCAGCCAGAUAAAGUAGCCAUCAGUACAGAAGAGGUGCAGUAUCUGAUUCCUCCAGAGUCCCAGGUUGAGAAGCUAGAAGCCGGGGACAAGCCAGCGGCAACGGAACAAUAAAUUACACACACACACACACACACACACACACACACACA